AUGGGAGGUCACCCCCUCAACAGCUCAGAGUUUCCUCCUUUCACCCUGACUGGUCUUCCAGGGCUGGAGACCUCCCAACACUGGAUGUUUCUGCUCCUUGGCACCCUCUAUACUGUCUCCAUUGUGGGCAAUGCCCUUAUCCUUUUUAUUAUCAAGGAGAAGCAGAGCUUGCAUCAGCCUAUGUACUAUUUCCUGUCCCUGCUGUCAGUGAAUGACCUGGGUGUGUCUUUUUCCACACUGCCCACAGUACUGGCCACCUUUUGCUUUCACUUAAGGAAGAUCAGCUUUGAUUCUUGCAUGGCUCAAAUGUUCUUUAUCCAUUUCUUCUCCUUCACAGAGUCUGGAAUCCUGCUGGUUAUGAGCUUUGACCGCUAUGUGGCCAUCUGUAACCCACUGCGCUAUGCCACAGUGCUCACUGAUGCCCGUGUAGCACGCAUGGGCAUGUCUGUUAUCAUUCGAAGUUUCUGUAUGGUUUUCCCAUUGCCCUUCCUUCUGAAGAGGUUGCCUUUCUGCAAGGCUAAUGUACUCUCUCAUGCCUACUGCCUGCAUCCAGAUCUUAUCCGCCUGCCAUGUGGCGACAUCACCAUCAAUAAUAUUUUUGGCCUAUUCAUUGUCAUCUCUACCUUUGGUCUGGACUCUGCACUAAUUCUCAUCUCCUAUGUGCUUAUACUACGCUCUGUACUUGCCAUUGCCUCUUGGGAGGAGCGGUUAAAGACACUCAACACGUGUGUAUCACACAUGUGUGCUGUGCUCAUCUUCUAUGUGCCCAUGGUUGGUGUGUCCAUGGCAGCUCGCUAUGGGAGGCAUGCUCCACAGUAUGUGCACACACUGAUGUCCCUUAUUUAUCUUUUUGUUCCUCCAAUGCUCAACCCUGUCAUCUAUUCCAUCAAAACCAAGGAGAUUCGUCAGAGGCUUUUCAAAAUACUACUGGGAACCAAGUUUUAA